UCUCUAUUAUAGAGUUCCUCUGUUUUAGAGGUGAAAAUAGCAAAAUACAUUGGAAAUGGUCAGUGAAAAAUAGAAUACAAUUGGACCAUUUUUUACUCUAACCUUGUAUAAAACCCGAGGAAGAAUAAGGAGAUAUACUUCCUAGAGAUGAUUUUGAAACAGUGAACUUAAUAUGAAAUGUAUAAAAUAUAUAUUUUACUAUUACUAACUGUAACGAAAUUUCAAGAUAACUAGCUCUCUAUUUUAAAACCCACUAGUCACUACCAACCAUCUAUAGUUAUUUAUUUAAGACAAUCAUAACAAAAUUACGCAAAUAGUUAUAAGCUAAAUGAUCUAAUGAACUCAUGGGAGUAUGAACAAUGCCAGAGACCCGAUCAGAGAAAAAAAUUACAAAAUUUGAUCCUAUUAUUACAUAAAAAGGACGAGACACUGCAUGUGUUUUGGAUCGUUUGGUAAAUGAGAUAAAGAUAAAACUGACCCAGACAGAGAUCUCUUCAAUCCACGCGCAAUCCAUAUGAUUCGUAUUAUCGAUCUUACCCUUGUCUUAAUAGCCUUUCAACGCCUCACUUAGUGGUCAUUUUCGUCUUUAACUUUCCAAGCCGACAACUAUCUCUGUCUGCUUAUAAUAUUUUUGUUCUUACAUUACUAGCAGUGUUAAUCUUUUUGAAUAAAAAAUGCUAAUAGAAUUAUCAUCGCAGCUUUUAUUUACUUUGCAGGCAAAUAAAGCAUCAUUCACUAAGCCCACCAUGAUUAGAGCGUCGAGGGCCAACAUUGUUUUUAUAAUCCAACUAUAUACUAUUCUUAUUGCUGAAAUUAAGACAAUAAUAUUGAACUAAACUAUAUACUAUUCUUAUUGCUGAAAUUAAGACAAAAAUACUAUACUAUUCUUAUUGUUUAACUCACAAAACAAUGCCCACUAAUCAUUGCUUUCAAGUAUAGUGUCCAUUGAACCUCAACUGUUCUACAGUAUAGUGAUAUGGCCACCACCUGCACAAAGAGAGUAGAUUCAACAUAAAUUAGUGGAGUUGAAGAGACAUGAUUAAUCAAAUAACCUCUUUAUUAUUAUCAAGAAUUUUGUUUUUCCAUUGUCAAAUACUCCUUACAUGCUACUGAUCAUGAUUAUCUACCACUGUUAACAUUACAAUUAACAACUAUAGUUAUCGAUGACAUUCCAUUGCACUUACUCCGCUUUUUUUAUUCCUUAUUUUCACUUGUUCUUUAAGCGGUCACCAUUCAAAAUGCUACGAUCAAAUAAUGCUUCAAAUAAAGACAAAUAUUUUGCGUAGGGGCAACAAAAAAUAAAAGGAAAAGUGAUGGGAAAUGAAGAGAAAAAUAAGAAAAAAGCUAAUCAACAUAUGCAAUGGUGGGUCAAUAAAGUGUUUUCACAAAUCCACAAGGUUUUGAUUCCUUGUCUCUUUCUUUCGCAAUUCAUUUUUUUCUUAUAUUCUAUUACACAACAAAAGUAAUAGUUCCAUUCUCUCACAAAAUAAAGUUCGUUUUAAAACUAUUCAUAAAUACUAUAUACUCUCACUAUUCAUUUUUCCUUAUAUUUUCAUUACACAACAAAAGGAAUAGUCCAUUCUCUCACAAAAUAAAGUUCGUUUUUAUAAUAUUCAUAAAUACCACAUACAAACUCUUUGCUCAUCCGAAAAGACUUCCAGCAUAUAUAUGUUUGAUUGUAGUAAUUAUCAAGAUUCCAUAAUGUAUUAGAAGUGUUUUAUACUCAGAUUGGUAAAAACUAAACAAAGUGAUUAUAGCUGAAAAAACUAUGAUUAAUAUCUAGGUUUCGGGUUUUAACCUCUAAAGAAAAAAAUGGAAUCAAUCUCACACACAAAAAGAAAGAAAGAAACAUCUGAUCAAAAACCAUAACAAAAGAAACGUCUCAAACCAAAUUGUAGGUUGAAGAAGGAACACAUGUCGGUCCCACUUUAAUGACUGGACCCUACAGUAUACGGGUCCCACUCUCACCUCUCCUUUAAUUUUUUCCUUUAAAAAUAAAAUAAAAAAUUUCCUCCGUUACCGUCAGUCGCAGCUCUACAGCUAGAGAUAGCGCCCACACACACACACACAUAAAGCAAAAGCCUUUCUUCACAACUCUCAAUCUUCGAGCCUGAGGAGUGAGGAGUCGAGGGUUUCUUCUUCUUCUUCUUUCAUCGCCUCUCUGCUUCAUCGGAGAAAGAAGCAUUCUCCGGUGAUAAAAUCUCUCUGCAUUGUAACCGGAAGACUGCUUAAUCUCGGGAUCUUCGUCUCUUAGUUUCCGAGAUUUGUUUUUGGAGUGUUGAAGAUCUCGUAUGAAUGCUGGAUAUGGAAAGAGUCGGUGAGCUUAGUAAAGGUCCUGUCUCAAGAAGACAAUACCUAGACUUUGAAAAUAGAGAUAACGGUAUGCAACUAGAGUCUCUGAGGGAACGAGCUGCUCGAUACAACAAGGGAGGAGGAAGAUCAGUGAAUCAGAAUCCCACUACGACGUUAGGGAGAGAGCUAAGCCAAGUUCUCAAUGUGCAUCACAGAGACGAGUUGAUGAUGAUUGGUGGAGAUAUGAAUGAUUUUCAGGAGUUUGAGCCUGUGGUGAGGCCAACAACGAUGGAUUCAAAGUACCCUUUGCUGGAGAUCGAAGAGGUAGGUGGUGGUGGUGGUGAUGAAGCUGGCUCCAGCUCGUUCCGCGGUGUUAGCCAUCCUCCAGAGCCUGACGACAUGGAUCUCAUAACAACUGUUUAUGUCCCUAGCUCCACUAAAGGACCUUUCCUCGAGGAUCUCUCCCUCUGCGUCCCUGAGCCUGCCACAUCUAUGGCUCGUGCCUCUCAGAACACAGACAACUCUCUCCCACCACCGCAAGAUUCAGACAAGGAAUGCGUCUGGGACGCGAGCCCACACAACAGCAGCGUGGAAAGCAUAAACUUCGCCAGGGCCAUGAGUAUGGCCAACAGCACUUCCGCUGAUCAGCAGAGGAACGACGUUGUGCUUAGCAUGGACAAGAACUACAUCGACAACAGGAGCAUCAACAUGGUGUUCGACUCCUUCGAGAGCAGAGCGAGCGACAGCAGCUGCUUAAGCGAAGAGAGCAGCUGGAGCAACUUCACGGGGAGCCUCAACAAGCCUCACAAAGGGAACGAUCCGAGGUGGAACGCUAUUUUAGCCGUGAGGACGCGGGACGGUGUUCUAGGGAUGAGUCACUUCAAGCUGCUGAAGCGGUUGGGGUGUGGCGAUAUAGGGAGUGUGUAUCUGGCGGAGUUGAGUGGGACGAGGUGUCAUUUCGCUGUGAAGGUGAUGGAUAAAGCGUCUCUUGAGAAUAGGAAGAAGCUGAAUAGGGCGCAGACUGAGAGGGAGAUUCUGCAGCUGUUGGAUCAUCCGUUUCUGCCGACGUUGUAUACUCAUUUUGAGACGGAUAGGUUCUCGUGUUUGGUUAUGGAGUAUUGUCCUGGUGGUGAUCUGCAUACGUUGAGGCAGCGUCAGCCUGGGAAGCAUUUCUCUGAGUAUGCUGCUAGGUUCUACGCUGCAGAGGUGCUGCUGGCGCUUGAGUAUCUCCACAUGCUCGGCGUCGUCUACAGAGACUUGAAACCCGAGAACGUUCUCGUCCGAGACGACGGUCACAUAAUGCUCUCAGACUUCGACCUCUCCCUAAGAUGCGCUGUUUCACCAACCCUGAUCAAAACCUUCGACUCCGACCCCUCAAAACGCGGCGCCUUCUGCGUCCAACCCGCUUGCAUAGAGCCCACAUCCUCUUGCAUCAUCCAGCCCUCGUGCUUCUUACCGCGUCGCAUCUUCCCCACCAAAAAGAACAAGACUCGUAAAACUCAAACAGAUUUCUUCAAAUCACACCACUCAGGAGGUUCCCUCCCUGAGCUGGUGGCCGAGCCUAACACGAGGUCCAUGUCCUUUGUCGGAACGCACGAGUACUUAGCUCCGGAGAUCAUCAAGGGAGAAGGGCACGGAAGCGCGGUGGAUUGGUGGACGUUUGGUAUCUUUGUUCACGAGCUUUUAUACGGUAAGACGCCGUUUAAAGGAUCAGGGAACAGAGCUACUCUGUUUAAUGUGGUGGGAGAGCAGUUGAAGUUCCCUGAGUCGCCGGCCACUAGCUACGCGGGGAGGGACUUGGUUCAGGCGUUGCUGGUGAAAGAUCCGAAGAGUAGGUUGGGGACGAAGAGAGGAGCGACGGAGAUUAAGCAGCAUCCGUUUUUCGAAGGAGUGAACUGGGCGUUGAUAAGGUGUAGUACUCCUCCUGAAGUGCCGAGGCAGAUGGAGGUAGAGCCGCCGCCGAAGUAUGGACCGAUUGAUCCUGUUGGGUUUGGUAGUAACAGCAAGAGGAUGAUGGGACCACCACCUGUAUCAGCAUCAGCAGCAGGAGGAGGAGGAGGAGGAGAUGCAAAAGCUGGUGGGAAGUUUCUAGACUUUGAGUUUUUCUGAAGGCUUUGUUUUUUUCCCUCAGAAGAGUUUGUGUUUGGUUGCUUAAUUAGUAGUUAUAGUCUUCUUAUGUCAAGGGGGUUUAAUAGAUCAGAGUGGAGGGGGUUAGGAGGUUAAAUCUGUCUUCCAUUUGAACCAAAACUUUUGUAAGGACAUGGAAAGCUCCAAGUCUUAAGAAAAUCUCCUUUGGUACUACUACUAUUACUACUGCUGUGUUUGUCGGAAUCUCUUUUUCUUUUGAGUCAA